CUCAAAACCACCUGCCUGUGACCCCAACAAGAAAUAAAGUGGGUUGGAGGCCUGGACUUUUUCCGAUACAGUUUAAAAAAGUAACUUUGAGCUUCACUCCAAAAACACAAACCUGCCUGAAGGGGAAGGCCCCGCAUUCUUAUUUGCUAUUGCCCCUCCCCGCGACCCUUACUUUUUUCUCUCCUUCCUCUCUCCACGGCAGCUCUGGCUUGAAACAACACAACACGAUCGGAUAAUACAAAAUGCGAUCGACAUCAGAGUUGACCAACAUGGUGUCCUUGAACGGCGCGCUGCCGGAACUGGCCGAGCAGCAGCCCGAGGAUUCCGUCCCCGAGUCGCGCGUCCUCAUCAUCAUGACCGGAGGUACCAUCUGUAUGCGACAAUCCCCGUCCGGUUUCGUACCUGCCCGAGGUUUCCAGGAACAGUGUCUCGCUCGAGUUCCGACCUUUAAUGAUGGUUCGCACCCGAGCAUGAUGGACGUGGUGGUGAACGCCGACAAAGAGGUGAAGGGCCACCCGAGUCUGCGCACCCCCGUCACCGCAUACGGGCGGCGAGUGCGAUACACCGUGUUCGAAUUCGAGGAGUUGCUGGACAGUAGCUCGAUCGAUGCGAAGGGUUGGGCAGAAAUCGCCCGGACCAUCGAGCGGAACUACACGCGGUUCGACGGAUUCGUCGUGCUGCACGGCACAGACAGUCUGGCGUAUACGUGCUCGGCGCUCAGCUUCAUGCUGCAGAACCUUGGAAAGCCGGUCGUCCUCACGGGAGCCCAGGCCCCCAUGCUCGAGUUGCAAAACGACGCCACGGACAACCUUCUCGGAUCACUCGUUGUGGCCGGCCACUUCAUGAUCCCGGAAGUCUGUCUGUACUUCAACAAUCGCCUGUUCCGCGGCAACCGAUCGUGCAAGGUGGCUGCCAGUGACUUCGCCGCCUUUAACUCUCCGAAUUGCCCCCCGUUGGCGGUCACGACGUCGAUGCGCACAAAUGUUGAUUGGGAGUUGGUAAAUCGACCCAAGAGCCUGGAUCAUUUCAGCAUUCAGACCAACCUCGACACCACGCACGUCGCCUGCUUGCGGAUCUUCCCAGGUAUCAAGCCGGAGAUGGUGGAUGCUGUGCUGAAGCUCGACGGGCUCCGUGGAUUGGUCCUGGAGACCUUUGGUGCUGGAAAUGCACCCAGCGGGCAAGACAAUGCCAUGACGAACGUGCUGGCUGCUGCCAUCCAGAGAGGGAUUGUCAUUGUCAAUGUCACUCAAUGUCUCACGGGAAGUGUCAGCCCCGUCUAUGCUCCGGGUAUGAGCCUGUCACGCGCAGGUGUGGUCGCAGGACUCGACCUGACUACGGAAGCGGCGUUGACGAAGCUAGCGUAUCUCCUGGCCUUGCCCGAUUCCACCCCCGAAUGGGUCGCGAAGAACAUGUCCGUCUCUCUGCGUGGAGAACUGACUGAGGUAUCGCAACCUGUGUUCCGUCACCCAGACGGUGCUCUUCCGGAGCGCGUGCAGUCACUGACCGUGCUGGGUUACGCGAUUGCCCAGGGGGAUAUCGAACGGGUGAAGGAGAUCGUAACCAGAGAGCAUCACUGGCUGCUCAAUGACGCCGACUACUCUGGCAACACUCCGAUCCAUCUGGCGGCAACCUCACCAUCUGUCGAGAUCCUUCGAUACCUCCUGCUCCAGGGUGGCUCAGUACACAUCCGGAACCGCAACGGCCGCACGCCGCUGUUCUUGGCGGCCAACGCUGGACUGUCUGAGCACGUGCUGUUGCUCCGGAAGUCAGGAGGACACUUGCAUUCUGAUGAACGGACGGCGGCGCAGCUGCUCGCGCGACGACGCCCAGCAGUGUGGGGCUUGGCCGGCAUUGGACCGCGGGAGGUCAGCGAUCGGGAGCUGGAGGAGAUCGACGAUGAGGGCACUUCUCUAGGACGCACGGCGGAGAUUCUGAUGGCUGGAUCAGCACCUUGAACAUAGACCCGAUCUCAAUUACAGGUGUGCUUUGGAGCUAAUGCGGGUGCAAGGACUGGGCUUGACUUUUGGCCGCGUGAACGCUUGAUAAAGCAGUGCGGCGGGUGCGAAUGACGGCUUGGGUGGGUGCUCGGGCUUAUUUCCAGUUAUGUCUCUCGUCUCUAUAGUUUACAAUCUCUAGAUGGUCCUAGAUUGUCUUGAUUAUCCUGUCGCUAUGCAGUUGUGACUAGUAUGAGACAGGCGAGACCGUGGCUUAUACAUUGCAUAUUACCCGAUCGUGCCAGCACCAGC